CCAGAGCCCUGGGCAGGGCUGAGCCCAGCAGUUCCCUGCCCUGGGCAGUGCCAGCCCCGGGCAGAGCCCAGAGAGGGGCUGGGGUCUCCCCCCGGGGUGUUCCCCAUCCCCCCUGUGCCCUGGUGUGGGAAUGCAGGGGUGGCCCCAGGGCCCCCUGUGGUUCCCUCCCUCCCCGGGUGCUGGGAUUCGUUUGCUGAUGGCUGUUAAUGAUGAUAAUUGAGUGUCACUCCUUUCUCAUCUCCACAACCCCUCCCAGCAGCCCAGCAUGGAAGAAUUCAAAGCUGCGAGCCCGCUUGAGGAGUCACUGCACCACCUGAAGCUGUCGGAGCAGAAGGCUCCAGAGACUGGCCCCAGAGAUGCCCAGCACCCCCAGAGCCUGGGCAGGGGCUGUGCCCCCUCCCCAGGCCAGGAGCCUGCAGAGGAGUGCUUCCAUGACUGCCAGGACUCCUUUGAGGCCAAGGCAGCUGUGCUGGAUGAUGAAGGGAACGUUCAGGAUGACGGCAGCAGCUCCAGGAAGCAGACAGAGCUAGAGGAAGAAUACUUGCUAGAGCUAGAGAAAGAUAUGCCAGAGGAGGAGAAACAGAAAAGAAGAAAGGAGAGCACGGGGCUGAAGGAGAAGGGAAAUGAGCACUUCAAGAAAGGAGAUUAUGGAGAGGCAGAAGAAUCCUACACCAAGGCUCUGCAGAUCUGCCCAGCCUGCUUCCAGAAGGACAGGGCUGUUCUGUUCUCCAACAGAGCUGCUGCAAAAAUGAAACAGGACAAGAGAGAGGCUGCCCUCACUGACUGCACCAAAGCUGUGGAAUUAGACCCUCACUAUGUCAGAGCUUUGCUGAGGAGAGCAGAACUCUAUGAAAAAACAGAAAAAUUAGAUGAAGCUCUGGAAGAUUAUAAGGCAGUCCUAGAAAAAGACCCCUCAGUUCACCAAGCCAGAGAAGCUUGCAUGAGAUUACCACAGCAAAUCGAGGAGAGGAAUGAAAAAUUAAAGAAAGAAAUGUUGGGUGUACCUUAAAAAAAAAAUGUACAAAGAGGUGAAUCCUACCUGAGCUGCUGCUGGACUGGCUUUGGCCACAUCCCUGAACCACCUCAUCUGUGAAUUCCCAUUAAAAAAAUCACGUUGAAGGAAACUUGUGUCUCCCCACCCAUUUGCUUUGGUGGCUCAGGGGUAAGGCUGUCUUUUUCCAG